AGUCUCCCAAUAUUAAAAAAAAAAAAAAAAAAAAAAAUUCCUUGAUAGUGUGAGACGGUUAGGGCAGGGGAACUUCACUCUCGCUCUCCACUCUCUCAGCAGCCACCAACUCUUGAAUCUUGCACCAUUUCUAACGAUGUGUUACGGUCAUCAACGCUCCUUAUCUCCUGACGACUUAAUCCCCUCGCGAAACCCCCGAUCCCAAAACGACAACACAUCUGUCGUAGAAGAUCUACGGGGCCGCCUUGCCGAGACCGAGGCUCGCCUUGAACGGGCCAGGGCUCGAGAAGCCGAGCUCAGUCGCCGACUUGAGGAAAUGAAGCGAUUCGUCUCCGUUAUGGAGAUCCUCGAGAACUACCUCAAGCGAAGGUAUCAAGAGCAGCAAGAUAACGUCGCUAGCCUUUUCUCUUCUCUACCUGCUAAAUAGCUUUUAAUUCUCGGUGAUUUUAGCGUUUACCCCUUCUUGUUUAUAGUUUUUUCUUUCUUUUUCAUUUGAGUGAAAUCUGAGUUUUUUUUCUCCCGUUAAUUGUGUUGUGAUUUUGUGUUGUUUGAUAGUUAUGUGAAAAUUAUUACUAUCAAUUAUAAAAGCACACAGAUUUAGAAGGGUU